GGUACUACUUGGUGCCUCAUCCUGCUGUAGCAUUGCUAUGCUUACUAUGGCUUAUGUGACAAGACUUCGAAUGGCGAAGCCACUUCAGCGGUGCUGAACCUGUGUGUCGUGUUUGUGUUUUCCUUCAGACCAACUGAGCAGUUUCUACCAUGUUGGCCAUACUGAGGCCUACUUGGAGGCCAUUGGCACGAGCAUUUUCACGUACUCCUGCCGCUGCCAAGGCCCUUAUAGUUAAAAAUCAGGAAGAAUUCCUAAACAAAGUGAUGCACAGUGACCUGCCAGUCAUUGUAAACUUUCACGCAGAAUGGUGUGAGCCGUGCAAGAUACUCUCACCACGCCUCAAGGAACUGGUUGAACCCCUCGAAGACAUAGUGCUUGCAGUUGUUGAUGUCGAAAACAAUGUAGAUCUUGUGCACACUUUUGAGGUGAAGGCUGUACCAGCAGUAAUUGCCAUCAGAAAUGGAAUAGUGGUGGACAAAUUUAUCGGACUAGUAGACGGUGAGAUGAUAGACAAGCUGAUUGCUGAAUUAUCCCGAGGAGCCAAGCCUGAAUCUGAUGGUAGUGACAGCAAGCAGUGAUCACCUGUGAUAUGCAGUGCCGAGGGUACUUUCAAGUUUGGACGUCAUGCUUCUCGGAAUCAUAUAACAUGGCUUCUUGUAAGCAUUACUCAGAUCUGUAGUGUAUUUGACAAUGGUGGCAUAUUUAAUGCCAUAAUUGUUUGCAUACCAGAAAAUGUUCGUGUGGGCAUAUUUGUUAGCAUAUAGUUUCACUUUAUGGUGCAGUGUCUUUUUCUUGUGUGUAGAAUGUUUGACCAGUCCUAUUUCUUAAAUAAUGAAAUAAUGAUUAGUCAGUGUGUACUUCAAGAUACAGGGAACUGAUUAUAAACAAUUUACUCCUCUCUGAUAUUGUGUGUGUUUUCUAAAACUAGUAGCUGUAGCCAUAGUCACAGUAAUACCAGUAGAUACUAAUUUUGUGAGGUCCUGCUUACAAUAGAUUUACAGAGAUUUGCAUGGGUAUAAGUAACACUGACCCCAAGUAGUAAUUAUCGGAGAAACUUCUGCAUUUGUUGUUUCACAACACAGAGCAAGCAGAUGUAUGAUGCAGCAUCUUGAGAAGAGUGCUUACAAACAGAAGGAAAAGUAUAAAUCUUUGAACUUUUGAAACUAAUGCUUCUUAUAGAGUUGUGGAGGCAAAUGGAAAAGAAGAAAAGACUGUUAUACAAUACACACAUCUCCUAUGGUCAGUAAAGGCACAAGAGAAAGACAAUAAACAUUGCUCACCUGUUUUGUUGCCUUACUUUGGGCUACAAAAAACAACCAGUUUCUCUAUCCACAGAAAGUCAUGUAUUGCAUUAUAAGUACCCAGAUUGCCUAUAGUUGUGGUAUAUCAUUGUUCUUACUUUCACUCAAAGAUUUAUAUUAGAACUUGUGUUGCGAAAACUUUGUGCACUCUAUAGGAAGGGCGAUGGCACUGGUAAUGUGUAGGACUGGUCUUGUGUGAGUGGAAUGUGUUGAAAUAAGAGACUGCUUAUGCUGUGACGAGUGCCAAAGGUAUUAUGUUGUGCAUAAAGGAAGCAAACCAAAUGCGUGGAGCUACAGUGACUGCACAGGUUCAUAGAAACAUUGUACACCUCAGAAAUUUGCUCUUGUGUUUUCUGUGAGUGAGCUUCUCCAUUUCCUCACUUGAAUACUCUUUCCAGAUGUACUUAAGUGUUCUCCCCCCCCCCCCCCCCCCCUUUUCUCUUUCUCUUAUCACUCCUGUGUGAGAGAGAAGUAGCAACAUUCACACUGCUUAUAAAUUAAUCAUCUUUUGUGUCUCAUUUUCACCUUCCAAAGUGAGCUCAGAUAUCUCUUUAUGUAAUUUCUGCUUUCUCUGUGGUUUUUUUUUUCCCCCAACCCAUGCCAGAUAGUUAUGUAUAUAUUGUUAUUCGAUACUAGUCUUUUGACCCCAAAAAUGUUGUACCUGCCAUGCUGCAAGUAUCAUUGCUGGGGAAUUUCCAUUGUCACUACAUAAAUUGUAUUGAUAUUUAUGAAUAACAGUAGUGCAGCUAUUUACAGUUGCUUCUCAGUGCAGCUACCACUGUUAUUUCAACACUGCUGUGUUGCUUUUCAACACAGAGCAGGUUAAACACAAAAGACUGAUGUACCUCCAGCCAUAUUAUUUACUGACAAGUACACAAUUUUCUGCACAAUGCAGAAAUUCAAGAGAAAGAAGAGAGAGUUGUGUUGAGUAAUAAUAGCGCUAGAUAGAAAAAAAAUAGAGAAGAUGAUGGGAGCAGUUUGUGGUCUCAAUGAUGUGCUCCCAGCAACUUUGAAAUGGCAUCGUAACUUUUUCAGACAAUUGUAGAGGAUGUAAUUCAUACAAAUACUACAGAUUAUUUUAUUAAAUUUCUACAAGCAUUGGUAUUUUUUUUUUUUUUUUUUAAUGAAGAAAUCCACAGAACUUCAAUGGAAGUAAGCCUUUCUGUAGGAAUACUUUGGUUAACAUGUAACUAGCCAACCUAUUUCACACAGGUUAUUGGCUCCAGUACUUUUUUUACACACGUGAUUGUUUGUUGAGCCUCAUUUCCAUUCCCUUUCUUCUAUUAUUGAAAGGUCCCGUAAUAUUUGCAGUAGACAUCCUACUGAUAACAUUAAAAUUAUACAAUUGAGUGCUGGGCUGGACAACAUAAUUUCCAUUCCAGUAGUAACAGCAUUGUUAGUGAGAAAUCUUCCAGACAAAUAAAACUUUAUUGAUGUUCCUGUAAAAUAUUUGUUAAUCUUAGGGCAGCUUGAAGCUAUGAACAAACUCGUUGUAGUGUUACGACAAGUUCAAGUUGCAUAAUUGGCCUGUUUGCAAAGUUCAGUGGUUUUUCUUAAAUGUAUAAUUUCUUAAAAUGAUCAUAACCAUUUUUAUCAGCAUUUUGAUAAUGAUGACAGUUAAAGAGGAAGUACAUGCUGCUCUCUACUUCUCACACUUGAUGUUCCCGUAUUCUAAAUAGAUACAUCUUUAUGAAAGUUCUUUGACAGGAACUCAAAUCUCAGUUUUUCCCAGACUGCUAAAAUGUAAUUUAGUGAGUAACGUCUUUCUUAUUCAUUACACUAUUGUAAUGUGAUUAGCAUUGUGUUUAUAUAUAACAACCAUCAUUUGAAAUUGCAUAAAACUAAAAAUCUUGGUUACCAGAAGGUGCUUAAUGAACAUUGUGAUGUAAAAAUGCAAGUAUACUAUUUCAAACAGAGGUAUCAAAAUAUGUUUCAGUGCUAGAACAAUGUCAUUAUUGUGUUUUUUAGUAAAUGUGUAAUUUAUGAACAUCUGUACUGAUUGUACCACUAUGUAAACAAAAAUAUGGUAAUGUGUCUUUGUAAUAGCUACUUAAACUAGAACAAAAUUAUUUAUUUGCAGAAUGUGUGAUAGGAAUAGAUUGUACUACAUUAUAUACAUAAGUUCUUGUGAUUUCAAGAGAAACUUAUUUGUAUUUUCAAUGUGUGAUGUGCUAGCAUAAUAUCUGCAACUUAAAAAAAAAAGAGAAAAAAACAUGAAAAAUAUUAAAAUAUUUAUUACUAGUCUAUAAUGAAUGCACAAUAAUUAUCUGUCUCCAUUCACCAUAUUUCUGGUUACUGCAACAGCCCUGAAGUGGAUGAAUCUCUUUUUGUUGAUCCACAUAAAGCACAUUGACACUGUUUUAGUUCUGUUGCUGUAUUUGGGAUACAUGGGUUAGGUUCAGGUGCCUAUGGUGAGCGUGGUAGAUGAUGAUGAAAUAUGUGUGACAUAAUGUAGCAGGGCGUUGUUCUUGUACAAGAUGUAUUCAUAGCGGUCCGUGACAGCUGAUCACUUUCUUGGACUGUAGUGCAUCAGAUGAUUCAGUGAAUGGUGUGUUCUACACAAGUGAACAAAGCCUGACUCAUUACAAGCCACUGCAGUACCAGCAGAUGGAGACAAAAUGUUAUGUGAGAGUAAAUUUCAUUUUACUGUGUAUGCUGCUACAUUCCAUAGCCUGUGAGCAAUCGUGUAUCUUUUGCCAUUCUGAUGGGGGAAAAAAUGUUUCUUAGAAGAUAUAUAUUCCAUCAUUCAGUCAAGUUGGCAAAUUUGUUCUCCAGCUUAUAUUAAAAACACAUGAGGUGUGAAGGACAGCAGUCAUAAUCUUGUUUGCUGUCAGCAUUGCACAUCCAGACUGUGAGAUAUUGUUUGCAAUUUGUGUGGGUUUGAUUGCUGGCGUUGGUCUUUUAAGCAUACUCCAUUUAUUGACACCUGUGCGACACUUGUGAGUAAUGUACAUUCUCUUAAUGCUUCUCAUGGUGCUGGAUGGAAUCUGGGCAAUAAGGCCAUCACUCACGGCACUUGACCAAAGAUAACAAUAUUGGCCCUCAGUUUGGUGCAGAAAAAUUGAAUUGUCAACAUAGGAAAUAUGAGGCCUAUUCGAUAAGUAAUGGCUGUGCUUUAAAAAUAUACAUAUUCAUUAGAAAAAAAAUCUUUUAUUGGCAGUUUUACCUUCUUACAAACUUACUUCCCUAUUACAUGUAAUUACCACUCACUUCUCAACACAUUUCUUAAUGUAGCAGCAGCCUCUUCAACCCUUCUGGACAUAAAUUCUCCGCUUGGGAUUUGAACCUGUUAACAGCAUCUUACAGUGCCCUUCAUCUCCAAACUGAUUCUGCAUAUCUGUCUCUCAUCAUCCGUGAUAAUGUGGGAAUACAAGCAAUAUCCAUCUUGUUGAUAGUGCACCAGAAAUGCUCACCCUAUUGAAAUUCUUUAAUCUUUGUGCUAAUCAGUAAACAAUUGUGGUAGUCACCUUGCACAUAGUUUGCAAUAUAUGAGGUUUUCUGUAUAUGAGGUUUUCUGUGACCAUUGUGUGAAUAUCGGUCAGUCCAACAUGAAAAAAUUCAUCAGGCAGUGCACUAAUUGUUAGUCAGAUUGUAAAUUUUUGGCCCACAUGUUGCAGCAUUUCAUUGGUGUAGAUACUGCUCCUGCAACUCUAAAGGCAUAAUUGUUUGGCUUCACUCACAGUCAAACAACUACUGAAUCAAAGCAGUAACUUCUGUGACUUUGCAAACAAUCAACAGAUGUUUCCAGAAUGAAAUUUUCACUCUGCAAUGGAGUAUGUGCUGAUAUGAAACUUCCUGACAGAUUAAAACUGUAUGCUGGACCGAGACUCGAACUCGGGACCUUUGCCUUUCGCAGGCAAGUGCUCUACCAACUGAGCUACCCAAGCCCGACUCAUGACCCGUCCUCACAGCUUUAAUUCCGCCAGUACCUCAUCUCCUACCUUCCAAACUUCAGAGAAGCUCUUCUGCAUACCUUGCAGAACUAGCACUCCUGGAAGAAAGGAUAUUGCGGAGACAUGGCUUAGCCACAGCCUGGGGGAUGGUAGAGCACUUGCCCGUGAAAGGCAAAGGUCCCGAGUUAGAGUCUCAGUCUGGCACAGUUUUAAUCUGCCAGGAAGUUUCAAUCGACAAAUGGCUUCAUUCAGCUUUGUUCUGAGUAGCUAACAUUUAAAUAUAAGGAAAAUGCCAUUAGGUUUCAAAUACACCUUUUUCUCUGUUAUACCUCAAAAAAUCAAAGCCCCCCCCCCUCCAAGUACACACACACACACACACACACACACACACACACACACACACACGUAACAAAUGCACUGCAAAAUUCUAUGGAAAUGAUCAGACAUUGCAUAUGUACCAAACCCAAGUUUGGUAGAAAUCUAAGAGUGUACAGGCAUUAUAACACAAUCUCAACACUGUGUCAGAAAGCUCCCAGCAAUGGAUGCUGUACCGACAUGGCUCUCAUGUUAACUGCAUCUCUAAUGACCUCGCCAUCAGUUGGAGAUUCAGCCCAAAAAUCCCUAUAAGUGAACUUGCUCAAUCUUUGUCUCCCACUUCCAAAGUCAUCCAGACAGUAGUUGAUAUGGAUCUGCCUUUCCCAUACCACACGAGUUUGUUUACAGUAUUGCCACUUCAUAUACCAGAUCCUGCACUGACAUUCAGCAGCAUUACAUCCCAAAUCAUUCUCAAAUAACAGACAUCUAGUAUGCCACGUUUGUACCUGCACUUCUGCAGUUUUACUGCUUGUCCCAUGUCACAUGCAACUACUAUUGACAGCAGCUACAGUCACAAGGAGUUCCUGUACUACUUGCUGUAUUGCAGUUUCCAGUGCUUGCAUGGUUAAGAUGUGAAUUGUAUAUCCCAUAAAGAUUGCAAGAAUUUAUGUGCUCAACCAUUGCUUUGUUCACCCUAUGAUCAUAAAAAACCAGCUUCAAAAACUUCAAGCCAGUAGGACGCAUCAUUUAAAGAACCACCACAAUGAUUAUGUGGUGCAUCAAGCAGUAUGCCACAUAUUUCUUUGAAAUUGUAAGUAAUGUACCAUUCUACACUAAUGUUGGAUCAAUAUGACAAUAAUGAAGUUUCUUUGUUGACUAUACAUUUAACUCAUUGAGAGAAUAAGAAAUGCAACACAAGAGCCUUAUGUCUUGUGAUAAUUUAUUGUGCAACUUCUAAUCAAAGUAUAUGAUUUCACAAAUUUAAUUUCUUUAUACCUGAGGGUGUUCAAUGCUUUAAAAUCCUUUCAUCUUCAGUGAUUAUUUAUUGCCAAUUGUGAAGUUUUGGACUUUCUUUAAUAAAACUGAAAGAGAUUUGUAUUGAGACAUUACAUAUUUUUUAUAUAUUUUCUUUGUACUUUCAGGAUCUAGACGUGUGUAACUGAUAAUGAAGUAGCAACAAUAGUCACUCAUAAUAUUACAGAUCUGGUAUAAUAAAGCUGUGUAUUAUGAAAAAUAAAUACUUUGCAUUAAAA